AUGGUUUUUAACUACUCAAUUACAUUUGAUAAUAUUCCAUCUCCAACUAGAGAUGAUUGUGAACUAGUAACAGCUGAAAAUGGUUGUUCUGUACGUGUUGGAUGGCUCAAUGAUGGUACGAGUGAAGUAUAUUAUGAUACAGAUCCAGAUUUACCAUUCGAUAGUGUUGUAGCAAAAACAGAACGUAAAGUAACUACAUGGUCUGGUGAAUAUGUAACUAACAGAUUUAUUGCUUACAAUUGUAAACCUUCAAAUACAACUCCAUGUAACACUGUUGACAAUUUAAAACUUGCUAUUAUCUCAACAGUGUUGCCUACUGAUGAACAAAUACAAAAAUUUGAUUCAUUAAUUGUUCCAACAACAGAAUUUUAUGGUGGUUUAUGUUUACAAGUUUCAAAUAUGACAUAUUGUCCUAACACUAAUAUACUUAGUUGUCAACAAUGUAUAAGUAUUAUUCAAUAUUCUGAACAAACAGAUAUAUGUGCAAUGUGUCCACCUGGAAAAGCUGUAACAAACUUUUUUGAUUAUUAUACAACAUAUUUUCUUAAUAAUCAAACUCAAUUGGAUAGAAUAACAUUAGCAUGCCGAAAAUAUGGUCCUUGUAAUUCAAUAGAAAAUAUUGGACGGAUCAAAAAUACAUUAAUUACUAAAUUUGACUUUGAUAAAUUCUUUCGAUCAACAACAUCGAUCACAAAACCAACUAUGAUCAUUUUCUUUAUGAUGCUUACAAUUGGACUGCUUUAUGCUGAUUAUGUACAAUAG